AAGCUACUGCAACUCCACUACCCUUUAUUCAUCGGUGAAGGUUAAUCGUGAUAGCUACCUUCACGCCAUGGACGUUGAUGUUCAAGGACCCGAUCUAGCAGUCGGUUCCGCCUCGUUAUACAGCCUUCUCCCUGCAACUUAUCGUCCCAUUGUCCUCUUUUGCAUUGGCUUAUGGGGCUGGGCUUUCAAUCUAUUCAUUUUGCAAAGAUGUCACAUCGACACGGCAUCUUUACUUGGAAUAAGUCAUAACGACAAGUCAAGAAAUAUAUAUACUCCACUCUUUAACAUCGCUACUCUUCUUACCACCAUCGUCGCCAUCAACUUAUGGGCCUUCUGGAAGUUUGUGUUGGGUGCGGCCACCUCAACCAACGUUACUCGCAGCUGGCUGCCCUUGAUGUGUUACGUACUAUGUUCUCUUAUUGUAUUUUGGCCUGGCCAUGUAUUUUAUUACAAGGAGCGCCACAGAUUCUCAAGAUCGAUGCUCCGACUAUUUUCAUUUAAUGUACUUGCAACAGUCUAUUUCUCAGACGUUGUCUUGGCUGAUAUCAUGACCAGCUUUGCCAAUGUAUUCGGUGAUCUGUGGGCAACGGGGUGCGCUCUCAUCGUCAACAAGGGCAUAGUGGAUUAUCUCGUUGUAGAGCAUCAAAGUGGAUGUUAUCGAGACAUUAUGGGCCCUGUGAUGACCAGUCUUCCUUAUAUCAUUCGAUUUAAACAAUGCAUCUUCGAAUACCUAGAAUCAGACCGCAAGACUCAGCGACACCUACUUAAUGCUUGUAAAUAUGCAUCUGCAUUCCCGGUAAUAAUGUUAUCAGCAACGCAAAAAAUUGCUGCCAAAAGGAUUGACGAAUUUGGAGACCUUCCGGAUACUUGGUGGAUAGGCGAUACAGGCUUAUUUCGUUUAUGGAUGUUCUUUGUCUUCAUCAAUUCGACGUACUCCUUCAUUUGGGAUGUAUCCAUGGAUUGGAAUCUCGUGUCCUUGACCUUUACCGCCAAUGACUCUGUCGGCCAAGCCAAUGGAAUCGCCAGCCAUUCACCACGCCGAUCAACGACACCAAUUCCAACUUCAUUAUUUAGAGAAAUCAAGGUGUUCAUAUCAUCCUUAUUUUCUCCCACAGUCCAUCAACCACCCUUACUCCGGUUUCGACGGCACCUUCAUUUUUCACAUCGAAUUUUGUAUGUCGGUGCUAUGCUGAUUGACUUUGUACUCCGUACAACCUGGAGUCUGAAACUAAGCUCUCAUUUGUCUAUCAAGCAACUUGAAGGCAGCAUUAUCAUCAUGGAAUUUCUUGAAAUCUUCAGAAGAUGGAUUUGGGUAUUUUUCAGACUUGAAAGCGAAUGGGUGAAGCGUUCACAGGUCAUACUUCCACGCAUCAAUGAAGAUAUUGAAGAGUUUGAGCUGAUGAUGCCAAAGGACGGAAACCACGACUGAUCCAUCGGAAUUGCAAAAAAAUGUUAGCCAUAGAUUUUUUUUUUCAUCACGGGAAAUAAAAAAAAAAAUAUCAUAGAUCUCCAUUCAAAUAACUUACACAUUCUCGUCCACAAUGGUUCAUCCAACAAACAAAAUGACAUAUGGCGAACGUGCUGCCAAGCACCCCAAUGCUUGCGCUAAAAGACUUCUCAGCCUUAUGGAAAAAAAGAAGACCAAU